CCGAAUCAGAGUCAUACCUGAUCUUUUAACCGCAACGUUUGCUAUACACCCACCCAACAGUACAAAAAGGAACGAACACUCUAUCCACCAUGGCAGGCAAGAAGGGAGCCGAUAACUCCAAGAAGGCAGCGGGAAAUGCCCGUAAAGCCGAAGCCGCUGCGGGCAAGAAGGCCGCUGAGGACUCGAAGCGCGAGGCUGAGGAGUCCAAGCAGUGGCAGAAGGGUGCAAAGGGAGGCAAUGCUAAGAAGGAAGACGCAGAAGCCAAGAAAGCCGAAGCCGCGCGCAAGAAAGCCGAACGUGACGCCCAACUGCAAGCCGAAGAAGCCUCCCAGCCCUCGAAGCCCAAGGGCGCGGGCGCCAAAUCCGCCGGCAAGAAGACCGCCGCGCCGUCGCGAGGCCUCGACCUGUCCCAGCUCGACGACGACGGGCGCAAGGGUGCUUCCCUCAACGCGACCGGUAUCGACAACGCGUUGGACGCGCUCUCCCUCACGAACAAGGACACCUCCAAGAUUGACCGACACCCGGAGCGGCGGUACAAGGCGGCCUACGCGGCUUACGAGGCGCGGCGCAUGCCCGAGAUCGAGCAGGAGAGCCCUGGUCUGCGGCGGAACCAGCGCAACGAGCUUUGCAGGAAGGAGUUUGAGAAGAGUGAUGAGAAUCCGUUCAACCAGGCGCAUGUUGCGUUCGAUGCGACCCGAGAGGAGAUUGCGGGUGUGCGCGACUCAGAGAGGAAGAAGGUCGAGGGCAGACUGGCUAAAUAAAUUUUUGUCUGUCCGUGUGUUCUAUACUGGUUUCGUCCUGGAUCCUGGGGCGUGGUCACUGGAGUGAGGGCUGAGAGCAGAUGCAUGUCUGGAUCGCGUUAAGUAUAUAUGUUCAUCUCCGUCCAUGUCUCUGGAAUUGGAUGCUUUGGGGACUAGUUCGCGACUGAGACGUCGUGUAUAUCAUUAUGGCCCUCUUGUCUAUACCUAUAUCUUCCAGAUCCAGGUCCAAACGAUGAGAGUAGGCUACUUGCCCUGUUAUAGGAUGUUUUAUAUCCAUUCAUUAUAACAUUUCAGACUCCCAUGUCAAGCUUAAGACUUCUAUAUCAG